UGGACAGCCAUUUGAAACUGAAACCUUAGUUCAUUUGAUUUUCAGGGCCGUCUUAUUUUAUUAAGAUCGAUUUGCAGUAAUGCGCCUAAUUGUCAUACCCUUCCUACCUAUACUUGAAUUUCAAAUGCGAUUGCGAACUCCAUAGCCUGCGACCUCUAAACGCUUUAGAAAUCUUGAUCAAUUUUUUUGGUAGCUUUCAUAGUAAACAUAGGAGAAAUGCAACAUAAAACUCCAAAAUUUCCCCAGUCUGAUGUUUUGCCCCAAUAUCUCCAUAGUGAUUUUGGUAAUUUUUGACGGUUUCGGAGAAAACCUAGAAUUUCCAUAAAAUUGCUGCUGUAUGGAACGUAUUCAUUUAGUGCUUCUCGAACCAUAUCUCAUGAACUCAAACUGUUAGAUUUGUAAGUUAGUUUUUAUCCACCUCGUUUUGAGGUUGUGAGGUCCUCGUGAUACACUAAUUGAAUAGUCCAAAUUGCAGUUACUCCUUGCAGCUUAAUGUUAUGUGUGUCUAUUUAAUCGAGUGAAUAGCUGACACCUUUGUGAGUGUUGUAUGUUUGUAUGAUGUCACUAGCUCACGUUUUCUUUCUUUUUUCUCCAGAUUUUCUCAUCAGGAGAGAAGGCUGUUCUCAUUUGAUAUCCCUACUCCCUCUCUUCACGCCUUUUUACAAAGAUAUACAGUUGGCUGGACGUAAACUUACUAACUACUGGGCAUUACAUACUCCUCGUGUUCAUAUUGAGCUUGGAUCAGCAUGCCAGUUACUGAGUGUUUUGUCUGCAAAAUUGUUUUCUGUGACCAAGAUGCCUAUUGGAAACAUGUUUACGAAGACGACUGUCACAAUCCGCAUAAAACUUCAUCUGUUAACUCAAAUAGUAAUGAAAACGACAUUCAAAAGCCUGUUCAAAGCAUGUUGAAAAUAAGUAAUUAUUCAGUUGAACAGUCUAGCACUGAGCAUUCUGAUGCUUUUUUAAAAAAAUUUUCGUCUAAUAAAGUGGAUUAUAGAAAAGUACCAAUCAAACGUAAUCCUUCUAAUAAUGCUUACUGUGAUACUUGUCAAACAUACAUGACUCCUUUUGAUUUAACUCGCCAUAAAGCCGGUAAAAAACAUUUAAAAAUGUUAGAAAAAGCAAACAGUUUUGUCCCAGUAUCAGGCGAAGGAUAUCAAUAUACCAGUUUUUCUACUUACAACCACCAAACAAAUCCUCUUAAAGUAAAAGAUGAUUGUAGUCCUAAUAUCAAUCCCUGUAGUGUGACAAAUGAUUUCAUAUCCUCGUGUAUGAAUUCAUCAUCAGACUCUCCAGUCAAACAGGAAACUGAUUCUCAGUACACUCUUAAUGUACAAUCUCCCUCAACGUUUAUAGGAACAUCUGAGAAUCGUUCAAACAAAUUGAUUACUAAGUCUAUUUUACGCAGAUUGUGUAUGACAGAAAUUUCAUCACUUUUAACUCAAAUGGUUGGAGAUAUGGAUCAAAAUGCUGAUUUUUACAGGCAAAUAAAAACAAAAUGUCGGAACGACCUAAAUUCUAUUUUGAAUCAUGAGAUUCCUAUUCUAAAGAGUACAUUUAACCAAGAACUUCCCUCACAAACAAAAUCUUCCAAACCAACCAACAUUUAUCAUAAUGAAAACACGUCGCUCAGCCAGAUGCUCUUGUUUUGGGUCAGACAACUCCAUGCGCUAAACAAUGAUUAGUUUUAUUCAUCAAUUUGUAAAUUUCUUCAGAAUGCUUGGCUGCAUCUUCACAAAUAGAGAUAAUCUUUUUUGUUGAAAUUACUAUGUUGAUUACUUACCAGUAUGUCAAUAUUUAAACUACUGAUUAUUUCACAUUCUAUGUUUAAAAUUAUAACCAAAGCAUAUAUCUUCCUCUCAUUUCAAUAUACUUCUCUAGAUUUCGCACAUAUUAUUUGACUGAAUCCUGUUUACCACAACGCGAUUGAAAAAAGCUGAAAUAUGAUCUGUGUGAAGUAUAGGUAUAUUUCGA